AGGAAUUACACAUGUAUUAGUAGAAAACUUACUAAUGCUCCUGUCAACAAAGUCUUUGCCAAUUUAAUGUAAGAAGUGUAAAUUGUUUUAUUAUUAUUAUUAUUAUUAUUAUCAAUUACCAGACACAAGAACAUAAGCUGAAUCAAAUUUAUUUUCGUUUUCAUCACCAUGAUCUUUGAGGAUGUAGGCUGGCUUUAACCUGUAACCUUUCUGUCCUCAGGAAAUUCCAGACACACUGGAUGUUGACAUCAGGCUUCCCUGCGGCCAUAAAUCAAUAUGAAUGAGGACAGUUGUAGUUUCAUCAGAGUUGUUGAUUCACAGCAGAACUAAUUUUAGCUGGAAUCAGAUCUCUACCCAAUGAUACUGCAAUACUAAAUAUUAUUGUAUUUCUGUUUUACACUUUGUUGGUUUGUUUUGUCAUCAAUGCUGACCAUAUCCGUAUAAAUGCAGUCCUGAAAGGGGGCCUCAAUUAAAGCUUUUAAUUAAACUUUUAGAACUGUGAGGCUUCUAUAAUCUCCUAUGCAGCAGCCGUUUUUCUGCACCCUAAUCAGGUUUUUGUGCAUAGUUGAGCUAAUUUGCCAGGUUUUAUUGUAAAAUUGACAAAAUCCUUGUACAGAAAGGUCUACAAGAAUCCAUCCUGACGUGAGAGUUAAAAGCAAUCAGAAUAAAAAGUGGAUUUGAUUUAGAAUCAUCCUAUAUUUGCUACAGAAAUAUUUCAAAACACAUAUUUUACAAAGUAAUGUCACUUUUUUUAGCAUCUACAGCAACAAUGCAGAAAUAGUGGUAAAGCACCUUUUUAUUCCUGUUACUGAGUAAGCAUGUUGUUAGCGCCAUAUGACUUCCUGUUUUAGCAGUAAUGUGCCAUUACUGCAUGUCACAAUCUUCCUGUUUUUAUUGAAACAGAUUGCAAACUGUUUUAAUACCAAGAACCCAGUCAAAUUGCCAUUAAAGUUAUUACAUUAUCAAACUAAUAUUAUGAAUAAAAAAUACAAGCUACAAAUUUGUGUUAUAGCAAUAAAUAAAUAAAACUAUACAGUACAGUAACAACGAAAAAGCUGCAUCAGUGUUUUCUGAACGUGACCUGCGGAUGCAAUUCUUUACCAAAAAGAAUCUCAGCAAAAUAAACAAGCCUGGAGAUGCUGACAGAAAAGACCUGUGAGCUUAGGAAUGUACCUGAGGUUUGGCCCCAUAUUCUGCAGUCCUACUCUCUACAUCACUAAACACAUUACAGUUAUGGCAGGGAGACAGAUGUGGUUCCCACAGAAAUUCUUGAGCUUUGCAUAAAUUAAAACAGUGGCUCUGACACUGUUUGUUUGCUCACUGUAAAUGGCGCUUUUGUGUGUGAGAGGCAUAUGACCUUUCCAGUGCAGGGCCGCGGCUAGUGUGAGAGAAAUCAAUAGCAAUGCAAAGUCAUGGUACUCUGACGCUCGUAUUCAAACUCAUAGAAUGAAAAAGAAAUAGAUCCAACGCUUAAGAAAGGGGCUGUUCCCUGGGGGGAGUUUAUUUGGAUACAGGACGAACACCAGAAAGCAAAAAGGAGCUGAGUGGCCGUCACAGCUCCUGCCAGAGAAUCUUGAACCUUGAUCAAAAGCUUGACUUUCAGAGCCUGAACCAAAGAUGAACUGGGCAACGUUUUAUGCAGUCAUCAGCGGGGUGAACAGACAUUCUACAGGCAUCGGCCGAAUCUGGCUCUCUGUUAUCUUCAUCUUCCGCAUCCUGGUCCUGGUGGUGGCAGCAGAGAGUGUUUGGGGUGACGAGAAGUCCAGCUUCAUCUGCAACACCCAGCAACCAGGCUGCAACAGUGUCUGCUAUGACUACUUCUUCCCAAUCUCUCAUGUUCGUCUGUGGGCACUUCAACUUAUCGUGGUUGCCACUCCUGCCCUUUUGGUAGCCAUGCAUGUGGCACACCGGCGGCACUUAGACAAGAGGAUCUACAGACUGUCAGGAAGGACCAGCCCCAAAGACAUUGAGCAGCUCAAGACCCAGAAAAUGAAAAUCACCGGUGCUUUGUGGUGGACAUAUGUCAUUAGCCUGUUGUUUCGUGCCAUAUUUGAAGUCAUCUUCAUGUGUUUGUUUUACAUCAUUUAUCCUGGAUAUAAGAUGAUCCGGCUGGUCAAGUGUGACUCUUACCCCUGUCCAAACACAGUGGAUUGCUUUGUGUCCAGGCCUACAGAGAAAACAGUAUUCACCAUGUUUAUGCUGGCUGCAUCAGGUGUUUGUAUUUUUCUAAAUGUGGCUGAAAUCGUUUUCUUGAUGGGGAAAGCCUACAGCAAACAUUUGCACCGCACUGGUGAUGCAACCUCUGUGGCUUGGAUUCAACAAAAACUCAACUUUUUCUAAUAAAAUUUGAUUAGAUUUUUUUUAGCUGAAAAGGGUUAUAACCAAGAAGCUGCUGUUUUUUUAGACAUCAUUUUAUGCUAUACUUCAAAAUCUUAAAUGUUAGUGUGGCCACGAUUUCUUCUAAUGGUAACACAUUUUUAACAGCUAUUUUGUACUUAACAUAAGGUCACAAAAUACUGGGAAUAUGGUCUUAAUGUUCAGACACCUGUGUAUUUUUUUGCUGCAAAAAAUUAACAUUCUUAUUAAAAUAUUUUAUUGUCUUUUAUUAAAAUAAUUUUACAUUAUUUACAUACAUUUUUAUAAUAUAAACUAAAUACAUGUAUACUAUCUUGUAUAUCAUAUCAUACAUUAUAAAAGUGGUGGUAUGUGUUACAGUGCAAUAUGCAUUUACAGAGAGUCUCCAGCAGCAUGUACUUAUCUAAUAACAAUGUAUUAAUCAAAUGGAUAAGGAAAAAUAAACUUUUGUUCCUUUAAAUCAAGAUUCUCUUUCAAAAUGUUGUUUUU